GUCUGGCCUCAGCCCUCCCAGCAGCAUGGCCUUCAGCGGCAAGUUCGAGUUGGAGAGUGAGAAGAAUUAUGACGAGUUCAUGAAGCGCCUGGGUCAAUCCAGCGAGGUGACCGAGAAGGCUCGCAACUUCAAGACCAUCACGGAGAUUCAGCAGAACGGGCAGGACUUCACCUGGGCCCAGUCCUACUCUGGGGGCCACAUCAUGACCAACAAAUUCACCAUUGGCAAGGAAAGUGAGAUACAGACCAUGGGCGGCAAGAAGUUCAAGGCUACCGUGCAGAUGGAGGGCAGUAAGCUGGUGGUGGACUUCCCCAACUAUCACCACACCUCGGAGGUGGUGGGUGACAAGCUGGUGGAGAUCUCCACCGUCGGCGGUGUGACUUAUGAGCGCGUGAGCAAGAGGGUGGCCUGA